UAAUCAAACGGGACUGAGCCUGCGCAGACUCAGAAAACACAGGAGAACCUGAAGUCUCUGGAAUGGCGGGCACGGGGCUAGUGGCCGGCGAGGUUGUGGUGGACGCGCUUCCGUAUUUUGAUCAAGGUUAUGAAGCGCCUGGCGUGCGAGAAGCGGCUGCAGCGUUGGUGGAGGAGGAAACUCGCAGAUACCGACCUACCAAGAACUACUUGAGCUACCUCACAGCCCCGGAUUAUUCUGCAUUUGAAACUGACAUAAUGAGAAAUGAAUUUGAAAGACUGGCUGCCCGACAACCAAUUGAAUUGCUCAGUAUGAAACGAUAUGAACUUCCAGCCCCUUCCUCUGGUCAGAAAAAUGACAUUACCGCAUGGCAAGAAUGUGUAAACAAUUCUAUGGCCCAGUUAGAGCAUCAGGCAGUUCGAAUUGAGAAUCUGGAACUAAUGUCUCAGCAUGGAUGUAAUGCCUGGAAAGUAUAUAAUGAAAAUCUAGUCCAUAUGAUUGAACACGCACAGAAAGAGCUUCAGAAGUUAAGUUCUGGAAAUCCAAGGUCAAGGGGUACAUCUGGUUAUAACCUUGCUGGCAGAGUCCCAGCGUGGUGCAGGACAUCACAUGGCAAGAGACGGGGAAGUGGCGCAGGUGUGUGUUCAGGUCCCUUUCUCACUGUUAAAAAACCUGGUGUAUUCAGUAUUUGGGGCUCCACACUGUUACUGUCUAAUCCUAAUCAUCUCUCACAUUGCAAAGGCCCACCCCAACCACCAUAGUUCAAUUAACUUUUGACUGUUGAUAAUGCACAGUGGAGGUUAAACUUCAACAUGAAUUUUGGAGGGGACAGUCCAUAUUUAAAUUAUUGCCCCCACCAAAAACUCAACAGCAUUCACUAGGAAGUGGGAGAAAUGCAGGGGAGGAGGGACUUCUGAUUUGUAAUUUAUGUGUACAUGUUUGGGUGUACUUUUUAUUUUAACUAGAAGAAAGCUCACUUCUAAAACUAGUCCAUGAUUGUGUAUGUAUCUGUUCUCAGGACAUUAAAGGUAUUCUCAUGUUGACUAUUUGUGUAUGUGUCUAUUUUAAAGAGAUUAAAGACAUUUUCACAUUGA